GCGGUCGGAGCGGCUGGGAGAGGCCCGGCCACCUCCCCUCUCCCACCCGCGCACUGCCUCGCCCGCGGCGGCUCCAGGCACCGCGCUCUCCGCCCCUGCUGCGCCCGAGGUGGCAGGAACGCGCUCCCGCGGCCAGCGACACAACCGCCAGCCAGCAGCGCGCUCUUCUCCCUAUUCGCCCGGGCAAGCCGCCCAGCAGCCCGCGACCGUCGUCAACUUUGAGCUGUAGGAGAAGCAACUUUGACAGUAGCCGCAGGUUUGGAACCUGCUUCUCCUCGGCAGCAGUUGUGUCUCAAGUCGCUGGGGUGAGGUGGGGCAGGAGUUUCGUUUGAGCAUCUGCGCUGCGUCUGACUGUUUGCAACCUGUUUCCAGUGAGCAGGGAGAGGGACUGUGACUGCCAGUCGUCUGGGAGAGGGGGACUUGUUUUGCUUUCCCUCUGGAGACCUGGGCUUGCAACUGGAUAAAGCCGUGUGGAAAGGAUGUAAAUAAGCCGAGCAACUGUUACAAGAAGGCAGCCAUCCGAAGGCAGGGAGGAGCGUGGGGCUUCGUUCCUUCUCCCCAUUUGCAGCAUUAAUCAACGGCGAGGUGUUAGUUGCAACUUUUCAAGGUCAACCACCAAGAGUAGUCAUUAUCUCUGUGAACCUUGAGGGUACGCCUCACUGGGAUUGGAUUUGUCUGACAAAUGCACUGGAUGCCAAACGAGGAAGUAUUGUAGGGGUGUGUGUGUGUGUGUGUGUGUGUGUGUGUGUGUGACCCCGGGACGGGACGCCUCCUGGUAAUCUCCAGUCCCUUGUUGCCCGGGCAGGGGUGAGUAUGUGACAUGUGUCUAACUCUCGACAGGAACUUGGGCAGCAGGUGCCGGUCCUGAGCCGGAGCCGCGGCUGCUGGGUGCGCCCUUGCCACGCCAUGCCGGCUACCGGCGCGUUUCUCGUCCGUACGUCAAGGCUGCUGCUUCUGUUACUGCUAAAGGUUUCUGCCUCUUCUGCCCGGGGGUCCGCCCCUGCGGUCAGGAACCGAACUUGUCUGGGGGAGAGCUGUUCACCUACACUGAUCCAGCGCCGCGGCAGGGACGCUUGGGGGCCGAGAAAUACUGCCGGAGACGUGGUCCGAGCCCGUGCGCCGUGGGAGAAACCCGAGGCGGCCGCGCUGGGGGCGCCCUCCUGGGACCCACCUGCUGCCCCAGGCAGUUACCCAGGUGCGGGGAGAGGGGCGGAGGCAGCCGCCGCCGAACCCUCGGGACCUCCGACCAGGCCUCCUAGCCCCUGGAGGUGGAAAGGGGGCCGGGGUCAGGAAUUCCCUGAAACUCUGGGGAGAGGGGACCCUACGGCCCUCCAGCUCUUACUUCAGAUCUCACAGGAAGAUGAGAAGAAUCCCAGGAGCCCUGGCAUUUCCGGGUGGAGCCCGGAGCAGAGAGUGAGGACGGUGCCUGGACCCAGUGAUCUCUUCUACUGGCCCAGGAGGGCCGGGAGACUCCAGGAUUCCCACCAGAAGCCCCCACCCAAGACGGUCAAGGAACUGGCCGGGCACCAAGGGCGGACAAUUGCACCUCCUGGCCGGGCACUGGCCCAGAACGGGUCCUCGGGGGACGGGGCCCACGAGCGCGGGGGCGUCCGCCGGGGGAACAGCACCAGCCGGCGCGUGCGAGUGAAGAACCCCUUCUACCCGCUGACCCAGGAGUCGUACGGCGCCUACGCGGUCAUGUGUCUGUCGGUGGUGAUCUUCGGCACCGGCAUCAUUGGCAACCUGGCGGUGAUGUGCAUCGUGUGCCACAACUACUACAUGCGGAGCAUCUCCAACUCCCUGCUGGCCAACCUGGCCUUCUGGGACUUCCUCAUCAUCUUCUUCUGUCUUCCCCUCGUCAUCUUCCACGAGCUCACCAAGAAGUGGCUGCUGGAGGACUUCUCCUGCAAAAUUGUGCCCUAUAUAGAGGUCGCCUCCCUUGGAGUCACCACCUUCACCUUGUGCGCUCUGUGCAUAGACCGCUUCCGCGCGGCCACCAACGUGCAGAUGUACUACGAGAUGAUGGAGAACUGCUCUUCCACCACGGCCAAACUCGCCGUGAUCUGGGUGGGCGCUCUGCUGCUGGCGCUUCCGGAGGUGGUUCUCCGCCAGCUGAGCAGGGAGGACCUGGGGUUCAGCGGCCGGGCUGCCGCGGAGAGGUGCGUGAUAAAGAUCUCCCCGGACCUGCCGGACACCGUGUACGUGCUGGCGCUGACCUACGACAGCGCGCGGCUCUGGUGGUACUUCGGCUGCUACUUCUGCCUGCCCACGCUCUUCACCAUCACCUGCUCGCUGGUGACCGCCAGGAAAAUCCGCCAAGCGGAGAAAGCCUGCACCCGCGGGAACAAGCGGCAGAUUCAGCUGGAAAGCCAGAUGAACUGCACCGUGGUGGCCCUGACCAUUUUAUACGGAUUCUGCAUUAUCCCCGAAAACAUCUGCAAUAUCGUCACCGCCUACAUGGCCACCGGGGUUUCCCAGCAGACGAUGGACCUCCUGAACAUCAUCAGCCAGUUCCUCCUGUUCUUCAAGUCCUGUGUCACCCCCGUGCUGCUCUUCUGUCUCUGCAAACCCUUCAGCCGGGCCUUCAUGGAGUGCUGCUGCUGCUGCUGCGAGGAGUGCGUCCAGAAGGCCUCCACGGUGACCAGCGACGACAACGACCACGAGCACACCACGGAGCUGGAGCUCUCGCCCUUCAGCACCAUCCGCCGGGAGAUGUCCACCUUCGCCUCGGUGGGGACUCACUGCUGAGGACCGGUCCUCGUCUGGACAGAUUCGUUUAUUGAUUUUCAUAUUCUGUGGAAGUUUUUACUUCAUAUUUUUCCUUAUAGGGAAAAAAAAACGCCUAACAAAAAAAAAAAAAAAGGAGCGAGAGAAAGAAAUAUUAACUACUUGUAGAAACGAUUUUGCAAAUUAAUAUCUGUGCUUUGAAAAAAAAUGUUUCUAUUUAGUUGUUUAAGAGGAACAAUGAGGCCACUAGUCUGGGUCAUUUUAUCUGGUACGGUGCUAAUAUUUUACCUGAAAAAGUUAUUGCACCUUAACUUAAUUAAUUGCUAAUCCUUUUUCCUUUCUUUUAAAAAUAUCAUUAUUGUAUGUUGUUUAUAGCCAUGUGAUUUUCUAGCUUAUUUUACGUUUGAGUUGUGAUUGGAAGUAUAUAUUGUAUAUGGUACCGUGAGAUGAUUUGUACUUAGAACCAUUCACAAAGUAGCACCAAAUAAAUCACAUUUUAUUCUUUAA